AUGGAUGAUGAUGUUUAUCAAGAUGAUUAUGAUGAUGGAGAUGAUGACAAAGAUGAGAAUGAUGUGGAUGAAGUUGAUGAUAAUUUGAAUAAUGAAGAUGAUGAUGAAAAUGAUGAUGAAGAUGAUGAUGAUGUGGAUGAUGAGGAAGAUCAUGAUGACGUAUUGGACGAUGAUGAUGAUGAUGAUGGUGAUUUGGAUGAUGAUGAUGAUGAUCAUGAUGAUUUGGAUGAUGAUCAUGAUGAAUAUGAUGAAGAUGAUGAUGUGGAUGUAGUUGAAUAUUAUUUGGAUGAUGAUGAUGAUUAUUUUAAUGAUGAUGAUGAUGAUGUGGAUUAUGAUGAUGAAGAUGAUGGUGAUGUGGAUGAUGAGGGUGAUGAUUUAUAUGAUUAUGAUUAUUUGUAUGAUGAUGAUGAUGUUGAUGAUUUAGAAGAAGAUUAUGAUUUCGAUGAUGAUGAUGAUGAUAAUGAAGAUGAUGAUGGUGAUGAUGGAGAUGAUGACGAAGAUGAGGAUGAUGUGGAUGAUGUAGAUGAUAAUUUGAAUGAUGACGAUGAUGAUGCAGAUAAUGAUGUUGUGGAUGAUGGGGCCGAUGAUGAUUAUAAUGGUGAUGAUGAUAAUUUGGAUGAUGAUGAUGUUGAUGUUGAUUUGGAUGAUGAUGAUGAUGAUGAUGUGAAUGUUGAUGAUUUAGAUGAAAAUGACGAUAAUGUGGAUGAUGAUGAUGUUGAUGAUAAUUUGGAUGAUGAUUAUGAUUAUUUGGAUAAUGAUGAUGAUGAUUUGGAUGAUGAUUAUGAUGAAGUGAAUGAUGAUGAUUUGUAA